AACGGCGUCUAGCUGCAAUACGCUCAUCAUUUGCCCACCGCCGCCGCCGACGAGACGGGGGCCUCUGCCGCCGCUGUUCCUCCGCCUCCAUGGCGACCCCGAGGCCCCGAAUCCGCGCCGUCCCCCUCCGCCCGCUGCUCCUCUUCCUCCUCGUCCCGCUCAUCUACUCCGUGUCCAGGCUGCACCCGUGGUCUCCGGAGAAGGGCGUGUGCCUGCCACCUCCCACCGCGCCGAAGCGGCCUGACCACCUCGUGCUCGGCCCCGCUGCCGGACAGGGCCGCCACGACCGCCUCCAGUGCCACGGACUUACAGCUCUGAAUAAUAUUGGCAUAUCAAGUGACAGGAACUAUUCUGGAGAACAAAUUUCUUUUGUUACUGUAUUCACAACCUACGGUUCUGUUCCAGAUGGGGAUGGCAAAGUUCCAUCUGACACUGUAACUGUCGGAAACCAUUCUUAUAGCAAGAUCGAAAGAUCCCUGGCCAUUCUGAACACUUUCACCAAUUUCAUAAAGGUGUCAAUGCCAAGAAGCAAUGUGAUCAUAGUGACUGAUCCUGAUUCAAAAUUUUCAGUAAAUCAAGGGAGUGCUACACUAUUGCCUAUUGAAGGAAAUUAUUCUCGGGGAAAUUUGAUGCUUCAAAGAAUCAAGUCCUACAUUGCAUUUCUGGAGCAAAGGCUUGUGGAAUUUGAUAGGGUGGAAAGGUUCAAUCAUUUUGUUUUAACUGAUUCUGAUAUAGCAGUGGUUGACGAUCUUGGACAUAUAUUCAAAAAAUAUCCCCAUUGUCAUCUGGCUCUUACCUUUCGUAACAAUAAAGGUCAACCUUUGAACUCUGGGUUUGUUGCAAUAAAAGGCACGAGGGAUGGCAUCACUAAAGCAGUGGAAUUCUUCAAACAAGUCCUUAAAGCUUACAGCUUAAAAUAUAUGAAGGCUUCUCGAAUGCUUGGUGACCAAUUAGCAUUGGCGUGGGUUGUGAAGUCUCAUCUACCAUCGGCUUUAAGAAAAUUUUCUAAGCAUGAAAUAUUUACAGGUGAAGUUAAUGGAGCAUCUGUUCUCUUCUUGCCUUGUGCUGUUUAUAACUGGACUCCACCUGAGGGUGCUGGACAGUUUCAUGGUAUGCCCUUGGAUGUUAAGGUUAUCCAUUUCAAAGGUUCAAGGAAACGUUUGAUGCUUGAGGCAUGGAAUUUCUACAACUCAACCUCUAAGUUAUCUGAUAUGAUGUGCCUAAUCUUGAGAAGUGGAAGGACAAAAUAUGACUUCUAACGUUUGGUUCAAAUUUAGCACGUUAAUUAACACACAUGUUGAUCCUAGUAUCCUGCUCAAAGGCGGUGUUGUAUGUGCAGUCCACACAGAACCAUACACAAAUCGCUGAGCAUGACAAUGGAAGAAUUCAUAUCGGAGUACAAUGGAAGGAGUAUCAUUCUGAAUGUAACGAUGUAAAGUUGCAGGGGUUGUAAAAUUGGCGUAAAACUGUGGAUGGCUCCUAGCGUAGCAACUAUAUAGGGGUCACCUUUGUUCUUUGGUGCAUUCUUGUCCGUAGAACAUGUACCAUAUGGUUCCCCACUUCCCAUCACAAUACACCAUCACUUAUAUACGUGCUAAAGUUUUGAGUCUUGCCUAAAA